GCAGAAUAUUCAGCAUCGAAACGAUUUGGUUCCAAGAACUUUAUGCUGAAGCUGCGCUAUGAAGCGCGGUAUUGGUAGUCCUGGUGGUCCUGGCUUUGAUGACGGCGCCGAGCCCCCAUCCAAACGCUCGCACCACAACUCCCAUGGCCAUGGUGGCUAUCACGGUCGUUCGGAGUCGUUGGGGACCAACAUUCCAAGGACCAAACACGCCUUCAAGGUUCUGAUUACCGAUAGCUUAGCGGCUGGUUUAUUAGGAACUCAUGGCUCUGUUAAAGAUGACAUCCAGAAGGAGACCGGUGCCCGACUCGUUUUCAGCAAUCGAAACGAUUAUUUCCCAGACACAAAGUAUCGUGUCCUGGGAAUCUAUGCUGAUGACCCGAACGUCAUACUUGACGUGUUUAGCUGCAUCCUUCCUCAGCUCGUCUCCCACGGUGACGAAGAGCGAAAGAGCCAGCCAUCAGGGCAGACAGACCUUUGUGGCAAAGAGUCUGGUGAGUACAUCUUCCGGUUCGCCUUGACCCGGAGAAUGCAAAGUCAAAUUGUGGGCUCACACGGGAGCAACAUCAAGUUCAUUCGCCACGACUCCGGGGCCAAGGUCUUCGUGGAGAACGAAAGCGUCCUUGGACAUCGGGCAGGCAAAGUGAUCGGCACGCCGAACACGAUCUUGGCAGCCCUGAGACAUAUCAAUGAUUUCGUCCAAUGUGAAAGCGAGUACGAGGAGGAGUUCUACCAGGGCUUCUCUCGGAUAAUAAACUUCUACGAGGCGCAGCAGCGCGGAUGGGAGCCACCACCAGAGCCCAAGGACGGGGACAAGCCUGGUGGCAACAAACGCCUUGCUGGCCCUUCAGGUGUCACCACUUCAGGUGUAGUCCAGGGCAACACGAAAGGGGGCAAGAGCAGCCAGCGCGAACGCGGCACAGCGCCUAAGGGUGGCCACAAGAAAGGAGGAGGUGGCUACAACUCAAACUCUGACGCUUUGAAAGACAUUGUGCCACCACCACCUGCAGUGACGCAAAGCUCAGCUGCAGGUCGGCAUACUCCAAAGGUGUCGACCAACGUGGGCGAGGAAGUUGACAGUUUGGCCGAUGCACUGGAAAGUUUCCCUUCUGGAACCGUCCAGCUGCAGUAUUCACUUUGCUGCGAAGUUCCAGCUUCCCAUGUUGGGAUGCUCGUUGGGCCUGGUGGUGAGCUCAUCAAACAGGCUGAACAGGCCUCAGGCGCCAAGAUUGAGAUCGAAAGAUCCAAAGGAGACCAAAGGACCAUGACUCUGGUAGGCAGUCUGCUGAAUGUCUACGUGGCUCACGCCAUGAUGAUGUCGAGGUUGAAAAGUUUGAACCAUGACGAGGACACAGCAGCAGACCCGAAGGAGGAAGAGGAAGUCCGAGAGGAGGAAGAUGCAACAGAGGAGGUUCAAGAAGAAGAGGAGGAGCAUCAUGAAGAGGACUGGCAGGACGAGGAAGAGCAUUUCGAGCACCACGACGAUCACGACGAAGAAAGGGACGAGAGCGAUGAGGAUCCGGACGUGAUCCGUGAGCAGAUCGCGCAGCUGCAGGAGAAGCUGGCCAGAGUGCUUGCCCGCAGGGGUGAAUGAGAGCCCGCUUGGAAGCUGGUGACAAAAGGUUUGACGAUGCUCGAAGGUUAACUUG